AACAAAGCUACAGAGUGACCUCACAAUAGAAAAAGAACAGAAACAAAGAUGGAAAAAAAAAACAGAAUCCAAGGCCACAAUAAAGAUAACAGAAAGAAAAAAUGGCUGUUCUGAACCUCUGGUGCCUGGUGGGUUAUUAAAACGACGCCGCUACACUAAUUGCUCACGGGAGUUCCCUCGAAAUAGGCAAGAGUCUGGUCCUCUUCAAAAGAGUCACGAUCUCGGUUUCAUGAGAGAGAGAGGGAGAGAGACCUACAGUAUCUGUUGGUCAGUUGGUUGGGUCUUACAAAAGUUCACACUCCCCACACCAUCUGUUGUGCCUGUUCCAUGUUCCCGUACAUUGUGCAGACAGCAGACAUAUGAUCUUUACGGGCUCUGUAGUCUGUAGUUGGGAACCAGAAGUUCCCUCGCUAAUGGCUUCCUCUGCAAUCUAAAACCCAGUUUAUAUACCAUAAGUUUCUUAGCUAAUGACUUCCUCCGCAAUCUAAAACCCAGUGCUUUGAAGAAGAGUACAGUACAGAUCUUACGGCAAAAUGUUGAAGAUGGUAUUGCCAGCCCUUCUUUUCAUUCUCUGUUUUCUGGGUCUUACUGGUGCAGGUCAAGAAUCUAUUGAGCUACUUAAGCUCUAUGACACAGAGGUACUUAAAGAGUCUUCCCACUCUGGGAUUCCAAUAGCAGUUUCUGUGAACAGUGAAGACCUUAAUGAAGUUUCCAGCAGUGUUUUGAUGGCUGAGAGUUGGCUGAGGACCCAUGUUCUAGCUCAUUUUCCUAAAACCAAAAUCACCACCAUUGUUGUGGGUGAUGGUGUUCUCUGUCAAAAAGACCAAGAACUCUUGGGUCAAGUUCUGCCAUCUCUCAAGAACAUCCAUUACUCUCUUACCAGGUGGGGUUUGGAAAGAGAAAUCAAGGUGUCUGCCUUUUUCUCCUAUUGUUGCUUCCAUCAAGAGUCUGCUCUUUUCAGAGAUGAUUUGGCUAGGAAAGUAACUAAGCCUCUACUAGGGUUUCUUCACACUAUAAACUCUACUUUCUCGCUGAACCCACCUCCAAAUGUCUCCCCAUUAUCAAAGGAAACUCUGAGUUUAAUCUCUUCCUCCUCAGAUUCCAUGAAAAAGCUUGGAUUUUUGGGACUCAACAGGGUCAAUGUUCUAGUCACUUCCCCAAAACAGGAAACAGUCAUUAGCAGAAAACUUUCAAGCAUUGAAUCCAAGCUUGUCAAGCCACACCCUGCAAGGCCAACCCCCUUACCUGAAAUCUCAAAAUCUCCACUUCAUUCCUUCACUGAUUUCUCUGUGCCUGCCACUGUAAUCAAAAGCCCCAUUGUUCCACUACCCCAUACUUUUUCAAUACCACCAUUAUCUUUUCCUCAUGAUCCUCCCCCUCCCAGAUCCUCCCCCCAAGCUUAUCCACCCCCAUUGUCUUUCCCACGCGCCUCUCCUCCACCAAUGACCUUUCCUUUCGCACCAGAACUACCUCCUGGUAUGGGUUUUGCAACUCCCCCUUAUGGUUUUACAUUGCCUCCCUGUGCUCCAACUGAGGCGGCAGCACCGGCUCCAGGGAAUGGGAUGGUGCAAAGACUCUGGUGUGUGGCUAAGCCUAGUGUUCCCUCAGAGACACUACAGUUGGCAAUGGAUUAUGCAUGUGGUGAAGGUGGUGCCGAUUGUUAUGAGAUUAUGCCUCAAGGGAGCUGUUUCUAUCCUGACACUGUUGUUGCUCAUGCUUCUUAUGCCUUCAACAGCUACUGGCAGAAGACCAAGAGAAAUGGAGGUACUUGCAACUUUGACGGGACUGCUAUGCUUAUCAAUGCUGAUCCAAGUUUCCUUCACUGCAGUUUUGUUCUUCGCUAGAGAGAGUAAUGCAAAUGAUAGAGAAUCAUCGGGCUCUACUUCUACAUGUGGGAUCAACCGGGACAGAUUACAAAUGUGUUCUUGCCUCUUUUGUCAUCAACUUAGUAGCUAGUAUGCACCCAAAUUAGAAAACUUUCUCCUCUCAAAUUUUUGUAGCUAUGGUGUUAUCCAAUGUAAGAAUGGAAGAAUCUGGCAUGAAUCCAAAAUCUAUACUCUUGCUGCUGCUCCUCUGUAUAUGUACCAAUUUCCCAAUGAUUCCGCGUACUUAAAUGGCAAUGGGGGUAUGUUCUUAUGAAAA